AUGUCAUCCCGCUAUAUAAUAGAAAUCGAUGAUUCGGAUUCCGAUGUCGAGUUAAUUGACAUGACCUCCAGGUCAACUUCGACUUCCAGCUCGACUCUAAGAUCAGAAGACGAGAAUCAUAAGAAACGGAAGAGGGAGAGUGCGAUUGAGGUGAUAUCGUCUGACGAUGAUGAUGAAGAAGAGAUAAGGAGCCAAUUGAGAGAAUUGUCUGUUCAAGUAGAUAAUGUUGGCUCGGAUGAGAAACAGAAGGCUACCCUCAGUUCUUCGUUUGGGACUACACCUUUUAAGAGGCAUAAACCUCGUAAUCCAAAUCAACCUUCAACCUCCCCUUCCAAGCACAAGCACCAUCAUCACCAUUCUCAGACUCAAACUGCUACUACACCCCAACCAAAUACCAAAUACCACUUGACAUGGGCUAAGGAUGCUAAACCCAUACAUGCUGAAAAGCAAAGUAUAUACGGUGUGGACGGAUUUGAAGAGAAAUGUACCAAGAUCUAUAGGAAAGGUUUGAUUCACCACGAUAAUGUCGAGUUCAGUGUGGACAACGCUAUCGUGCUACCUCAUCAUCCUCCUCUGUACGCCCUCAUCCGAUCCAUUUUCGCCCUCAAGUUCGACGAUGUAUCUAUCAAAGAUAAACAUUUUGCCCACGUUCAUUAUUUGAAAUCUCCGAACUCGAAUGUCAGCGGCAGUCGGGCAGGUGAGCUAUACUUGAGAAAUGCUCAAUGUCAGGAUAUCCCCAUCAAGCAGAUACUGAAAGGAAAGAAACUCGAUUUCGAGCUGACUGGAGGGAUCAAGGGAAAGAGAAGGGGCAACUCCAAAUACUUUUGUCAAUUUGUAGACCAACCUUCCUUGUCAACCAUACGCGAACCAAUGUUUCAAGAUCGAUUCGAUCGUUGCGAUUCCUGUGCAUCUCGACACCAGAAGCACAACUUCGAUGAUCCACGCCUUAUAAAUGAUACUUUACAUCUCGGUGAUGAUGAAUACCAUCUCAACGACUUUAUCGCUAUCGAUACUAAAGUUCGAGGUCGUCCCUUCCUCAUUGGUCAAGUACAUGAUUGGAUAAAGGACAAUGGCGGGCUGAUAGUGAGAAUGAGGAGACUGGAGAGGUUCAGCGAAGUUGUAGGGGAUAAUUACGAUGGCUUUGUCUCAAAUCAACGUUUGGUUGUCACUGACGAGUACGACAACCAUCCGGUCAAAUUGAUAAUGGUAAAAGUAUACGUAUUCCUCAGCGAAGAAGAUGCAGAACAUGUCAAGCGGGAUAUCUCAUUCUGGUGUUCCGAGAGAAUCACAGAUUGUAACAACGCCAACACGAUCACCGCUCUCCAGAAGCCCCUUCGAGUUUGCUCAACAUGUCUCGAAUCCGCGAAGCAACAACGUCAAGACCUGGAAGACUGCCUCAGAGCUUGUCGAUUCUCAGCAGCGGAUUACUACUCCGGAGCGGGUGGCUUCAUUUUACCAGGGCUGAAUAUUUUCGAAUGGGUGUCUGCCACAGAUACAGAUAAAGUCGCUUGCCAAACAUUGCAUCAUCUAAAACGAGAAGCUCCCCAACUGAGUGUACAUUACGGUAAGGUCAGUGAUAUAUACCACUAUACGACAAGUCAUGACUCGCCAACAAACAACCCGAAAGCUUUUCCCUCGCCAGGCACGGUCUUUCUGAUGACUGGUGGACCCCCUUGUCAAGGACACUCAAGGGUCAAUCAUGCCAACAAUCCUUCGGCUGGUAAAAUCCCAGACCCAAGAAACGAUGAGCUAUGGGUGAUGUUGGCAGAGGUCUUCCGUCUACGACCUUAUGUGGUCAUCAUCGAGAAUGUCUCUGCGUUCAAAGAUGAUAAGAGUGGCAAUGCUGGUGUCCCGGGGGAAGAUAACUACGGAAGAGCGGCAAUGAAAGAGUUGUCUCAAAAUGGAUACGCAUGUCGCUUGGGUAUCAUCGAUUCCAGAAGUUACGGUACUCCUCAAAACCGAUUACGGACCUUCAUUCUAGGUGUCAGAGUCGGAUUACCAUUACCUGAUUUCCCGGCUCCCACUCACGCUAAUCCGAAACCGACAGCUACCGUGUUCAAGACUGACAAAGCUGGAUCUCUCAAGCCUUUCUAUCUUGGUUCACGAGCUACACCUGGUACUGGACUUCACCUUGCUGUCACUAUCAAGGAUGCUGUGUCCGAAUUUCCUGCUUUCGAGUACUUACCCCCACCAGGUAUCUCGAGGAUACCUCGUCGUCCCCAGAUCCCGGCGUUCGACGGCGGAAGGAAUAAUCAGCAGGGAAAUGACACCAAAGUCGGAUUCGCUCACCGGAUUCGGUAUUCUUCAACUGCUUUGAAUGAUUAUCAGACAGAAAAGAGGGGAGAUGCUACAUCAUUGAACGACCAUUACACGUCGUAUGUGACUGAUGGCGCCAAAAAGAUCAUAUUUACUUCUGCAAGAGAUCCGAAAUCUCAAGGUUGUGACAGACGAGCUCUCUAUUCUGAAGGCUUUUCAACUUUACUCACCAACUCGUCGCCCGGUCAGAAGGGUACAGCUGUGAUCCAUCCCUCCCAAGAUCGUAAAUUCACGAUAGCCGAGCGGAAGCGAGCGAUGGGCUGGCCGGACUGGCAUCGAUUGGCCGGUACACCUUUGGAUCAAGAUAGACAGACAGGAAAUGGUGUCUGCUUCGAGUCAGUCCAAGCGAAUUAUAUGGCUUUGGUGAAGGAGAUUAUCUUGCCUUGGUGGAUUGAAGCUGGUAGACCGACAGAGAAUGUCUUCGAGAAGUUCAAAAUGGAACAUCCGUAA